CAAUAAGGGUGCAUGUGAUACAGUACUAGCAGACAUCUCUUUAAAAUAUAGCUGUAUAUCAAGCAAGAUAGUUGCUGGCCAUAAACUACUGCAUACUGCUGAGAAUGAAUGUCCUUGUAUUGUGUAUGAGCUGCCUGUGUCUAUGGCUGGGGAAGCUCAGUGUACUGGUGUCUGCAGACUAUGUGGUGCAAGUGGAAAUGGUCUCUUACAGUAAUCCAUCCAACACACGUUUAGAUGGUCAAUGUUGUGAUCCAGACAAUGGUGGAGAAUGUAACAGAAGGGAGCGCUGUGACACCUACUUCAUCUACUGCCUGGUGCCACAUUCCAGUACUACGGUGGGGUGUCUCAAUACUGAUACCGGAUCUACUGCAGUCAGUAGCUAUAUCGAGGAUGGGGCAGACAUUGAUUUCUCACAACCUACUGUACUAGGACUCUCUAAUCCGUUCAAUCUGACAGGAAUACUGACAACCUGGGAGGGAGCUCAGCUUUACAUACAAGUGCUUGAUUAUGAUACCUUUACAUUAAAUGAUGCUAUUGCGAGGUAUCGAUUUGAUAUGAAUCUUCUCUCGGUGGGAUCAACAACCAUAUUAUCUGCCUCAUAUACUGGGGCUAGUAUCUCUGUGCGUGCUAUUGUGUUGUGUGCUCCAUUCUUUAUUGGAAGCAGUUGUGAGAUCUUCAAUCACUGUGAGUUCAAUGCUGUCACAUGCAGUGACAGAGGAAUGUGUGUGAAUGAAAUGGACAGUUUCACUUGCAACUGUAACCAUCCCUACUUUGGUGCAAACUGCGAGCAUCAAAACUUUUGCUACAACAUAAAUUGCAACGAAAGAGGAAGAUGUACUAAUAACCUUGAAUCCUACACCUGUGUCUGCAAUGUUGGCUAUACUGGUGUUGAUUGUGAGGUGGAUAUUGAUGAGUGCUUGCUAAUGGAGACAGUGUGCAGUGGCCAUGGUAACUGCUCUCAAUUAGGAAUAGCCACUUUCACCUGCUCAUGUGAUCUUGGCUACACUGGACAGAGAUGUGAGACUGAUAUUGAUGAUUGUGUGAAUAGGAACUGCAGUGGAAAUGGUGUGUGUGUGGAUGGUGUCAAUUCGUUCAGUUGUGAGUGUAUGUCUGGCUUCACUGGAGAGAUGUGCAGUGUGGAGACACAAGACGUGAGAUCAGAUGAUGCAAUAGCUAUUACAGCAGGUGGAGUGGUGGGGGGACUAGUGGGCGUUGUGAUGAUUGCAGUCAUAGUCAUUCUCUUUGUGAUUAUUGUCAAGAGCAAGAGAGAGUUAUCUAAAUACAACCUAACUGUUAGUGGAGGAGGAACUGCCAACAAUGACAUACCAUGUCAAAACAAUGUGGUGUACGGUGUGUGUGAGAUGAACACAGCUCAACCUCAAACCAACACCCUCCCUACUGGCCUACCCCCGUCUUCUCUACAAGAGCAGGAGUAUGGCUACCCAUUGUGUUCCCUCCCACCAGUGUACGAAAGUGUGGAGGCGAGGGACGAGAAACUCAUGAUAAAUGUAAAUGUUAGCUAUGCAACCGUUGCCGAGCGUGAUGAUGGACUGGGACAGACUGGUGACAUCUAUGAUGAUGUCAACACGAGGAAAUGACUUCAAUUUACC